GCAACCAGCUCCAUCAGACUGAGCUUCCUGCAAAUCGACCCGUUUGUGUAGUAAACGAUGAAGAUUCAGCAGUGAGCAUCAUCAGUACUAGUAGCAAAUACGUCGAUUGUUGGAUGGACUGUGCGCUUUUAUUUUGACACUGGAAGCGAUUUUUAGGUACCAGUGAGAAGGUUAGCCAAAGACGAAAUUACAAAUCAAAGUCAAAAACCGAUCGAUGAAGGCCGGAUUUGUUGGUCAGUGUUGUUUUGAUCACAGAAAUUGCCUGAGCAUGAGCACUGGACCAAAGGGAGCUUCUGCUUUCAACCAGGGAAACCAGAGCAAAGUAGAACACAAUGAUUCCCAUUCAGCGCUGUUCUACCUUGUGCAGGAGGUUUCGAAGCUAGCAUCACCUACAAGUAACACAAAUCCACCCUCAAAAUUGCUUAAUGAGGCUUCAACAAACAAUAAUUUCUUAAAAAAAGAAGAGGGGAAUGAACAUUUAUUUCAAACCUUGCAUAGUUCUUGCCAGAUUAAUUUCCCCAGUGCAAUGACAUACAAUCACUUGAAAAAUGUAAGGGGUGACAGUCAUGACGGCAAGGCCAGAACUUUAGAUGAGCAGCAUUGUGAAUCCAACAGCCCCUGGAAAGUGCUGAGCCUGAUCAACUUACACUGCGAAAGGCUCCUUCAUCAAAGUGAUGUUGAGGAAUUAUGCUACUCAGCAGCCACAUCUGCUAGUAAUGUGGCAGAGGGGGGAUUUAAAAGGGACAACGUUGACUACACUUCAAGACCAUCUCUUUAUCUGUGUGAGAAGCAAGAAAUCACAGCCUCUCUCAGUCCUGUGGAUGAUGUGAGAGGGAGAUGUGCAGGAGGUUGUUGUAAACAGACAGGCUGUUGGAAAGUUCCUGAAGGAGGUGGUAGGGUGUAUCUACAGGCUGCUGAGAAAACGGACUCUGUUAGAGUAGAGUUUCAGGAAGAAAAUAAAACAGCAUCUCUGCAGCCUCCACAUAGAGAGAUGGUCAAAUUUAGUGAUAGACAACUGCAGUGGAACCGGGAUGUUCUCAAUAUACCCCACCCUGAAAAUGCUCUGUACCAAAUGCACACUGUCGACACAUGUCUAAACACCCCGUUGACUUUUAAUCCAAAUGACAAGGCGUGCAAAGAUGCAUCAAAGCCAGCACCAACGCUAGACCACAAUGCAAACAUUAGUUUGUCUUCACAGUCCCCAUGUAACACCCAAUUAUCACCUCCAAGCACUAUUCUGCUGUCUCCAAGAUUGGCAUCUCUCUUAUGUAACACUGCAGAAAGUUCUUCCUCACGCUCAGACAAUAACAGAUCCAUAGGAUCUAAAUCAGACUCUACUCAUACUCAUGUGGAAGAAAAGUCUCCUCCAGUCGCCCGGCUGAAAUCCUCAAACUGCAGCGUGUCGUUUGCAAUAUCAGAACCAGAACUCUGUACGGUAAAAAAGAAGGAAACCGAUCCACCUUCUGCUCGACAGUGGAAAACCAAAACUCCAAGAAAACAACCUCACCCCUCUCGCAGUGCUGAUAUUCAAGACCCCGAUUUCCAGGGAGUGACAUUCAGGAUGGACACGGAGCUGGAUGACACCAGAGAGGAGUGUCGGCUCAUCAUUACUUCAAAGUACAGCAAGGAUCUUUGCAAGAGUGUGAGAAAACGGAGACAGAGGAUGCGGAUAUUGCAGAAAUCCCUUAAAACUAGCAGCUCAGAUGAAGAGAGUGACCUUACAACUAAUGUCUUGAAGGGCAAAGUCUGCGCAUCCUGCUGCACCAGAAAGACCCCCAUGUGGAGAGAUGCAGAGGAUGGGACUCCACUCUGUAAUGCUUGUGGGAUAAGGUACAAGAAGUACAGAGUGCGCUGUGUCAACUGCUGGCAUAUUCCUCGGAAAGAGGGCAACUCCAACUCACGCUGCCUCAAGUGUGGAAACUUUGUGAGACUGACCUCAGCUCAGCGGAAACAUACCACUUAGAAGACAUACACACACACACACACACAGAAGUUUUAAUAUCCAUUCAUGAGCCAAAAAGACAAUUCUCACUGCUCCUGUAUUUCUUGGUCCUUGACAGUUCAUUAGACAUGAGCAUAAAAAGAAAAAUGUGGAAAAAACUAUUGUAAAAUACUUCAGAUUUUACUGUUUGUGUGUCCUAAUCUUUGUACAGCAAGUGUUACAGACUUUAUACGAUUUGUUUUUCCUUUAUUUACACCAAGAGGAAACUCAUGAGAGACAGAUGGCUUUUGUAGCAGAGUUGAAAAUCAUUA